AAUACAAUACACUACGAUACAGUACAAUACACUACAAUACAGUACAAUACAGUUAUACAUUGUUUAUUUGCUUGAUAUUGAAUUCAAUGAAAGAAUAAACAAUCUAUUAUCUUUAUAUGAUCCUUUUACCUAAUAGAAGAGUGUGAUUUAUUAUUUAUAUGAUUGCUCUAUCUUAUAUUGUGAAAAUAAAAGAAUAAGUUUAUCUAUCUAUCUAUUUACAUCAACACUGAAGAGAAAAUGGUCUCCAACUAUGGUCGAUAUUCCAAUUGUACAUCUCCAACCUUAAAUAAAACAGACUAUACAUCACAUUCUAAUCGACUAAAUUUAGAUGUAAAUAAUAAACCUGUUACUCCUUGGAUACGUGGAGAAGUUAUCCAUGAGGGAAUGUUACCCAUUGAUAAGGGUUAUGUACAAAAAAAUAUAUUUGGUCGACGUUACUAUGGAAACAAUAAUAUGAAAUUUUAUCAUUCUGGCAAUACUGGAACUGGUGGUGGUGGUAGUGGCGGCGGUGUCGGUGUCGGUACUGGUGAUGGAGGUGGUGGUGGUGGUAACGUUUACAAUUAUUAUGGUCGUAAACGUGGUCGAACAUACAAUCGACAUUAUUAUCAUGAAGGUCAACGAGCUUAUAAUAAUAAUAAUAAUCAUAAUCAUAAAUCAAGAUAUCCAUUUACUUGUUCACCAACUGUAUAUCCACUUUCACGUAGUCAAUCUAGUUACAAUAUUGACUCCGAUAUAAAUAAUAAUAAUAAUAAUAUUGAUGAUUAUCAUUAUGAUUAUAAGAAUCAUGGAAGAGUUCAUCGUUAUUCCAAUUGUAGUUAUACAAUGAAUAAUGAACAAUUAACAGAUGAAUAUAUUGAUGAUUGUUUAUCUACAGAUAUUGAACAAUAUCAAUUAAAAUUAGAUAUGAAUGAUCAAUAUAUUCAUCAUAAUUAUAAACUUAAACAUUUAACAAUAACAAAUAAUGAUGUGAAUAAUAUUGAUGAUUGGACUAAAGUCAAAACAUCAUCACCAUCAUCUUCCACAUCGUCAACAUCAUCAUCAUCAUCAUCACCAUCAACAGAUUCUGAUUUUGUAUCGAAUGAUAUCAGUCAACCAUCAUCAUCAUCGUCGCCGUCAACAUCAUCAUCACCGUCGUCAACAUCAUCAUCAUCACCGUCAAAUAAUCAAAUAAUUAAUAGUCAUUUACAUAAUGAAUCUAAACAAUUACAACAUAAAUGUAAAAGUUCUUUAAAUUUAUCAACUUCAUGUAUAAUUGUAUAUGAUACAAAUAAUAAUGAAGAUUAUAUUGAUGUCAAUCAUUAUAUUCAUGAUAAUGAAGAAAAUCAAAGAGAAUCCAUAGAAUAUGACAAUGAUCAGAAAGAUUGUAAAUCUGGAAAUAUGAAUGACUAUCUUACUCUUGUUUGGGGUGAUCUACCUGAAACGUUGGAAAAUAGUUAGAUAUGAAGAUUGAAUUAUUCAAUGGUUGUGAGAUCUUCUUCAACAUUAUCUUCUUCUUCUUCUUCUUCUUCCUAAUAAACAAUCAACAACAACAAGAAAAUGUCCCACAUUAAUAUACAAUACAGUUUUUGUAUUAAUGUCAAAUUAUCGUUCCAUUUGUGUGAUGCAAAUUUAUGUACAUUGAUGAAACAAAUCAACAAAGUAUUAUAGAAUCCAACCACCAAUCAGCAGUAUGAUAAGACGAUCAUUUUAUGAUAACAAUAAUAGAAGACGUAUCCCUAAAACGGCUAAAUGCCAUCAGUUCAGCGAUAUCCCAUUCUCAGCGGUUCAAUAGUUGAUGUCAGUAUAUUUACUAUAAGUAAUAUGUACUGUCGGUUAUUAUGUUAAGCCCAUAUAUACCUUAUUCUAGCUUUUGGACAAGCUAAUCUAUUCCUUUUCCUUGAUUCACAUUUUGACCGUGUCAAUUAUUUGCUUAUCAAUCUUGACUAUUUUUAUCUGAACGCAUAUGUGUGUGCUCUUCUUAUCCCAUUCAUCACAUAUCUGUAACUUAAUUUUGUGUGACUAGAAAUAUUGAUUAACGCUUGCUUAAAUGGAUUUGUCUCAUAUGCUUACUUCACUGUGUGUCAUUUCGCUCCGAUAUCUUCUCUUCUCCGAUACAUUUUUCUGGAUUAAGGUUUGUAUGGAAUAUAAAUCUUUGAAAUUCAUUCUCGUAUUGGACUUAUUUCAUUCCAUUAUUGAUUAACGCGAUUUAAUUCGAUGAAAUAGACGAGAUUAUGUGACAUAUAUAAUAUUUCGACAGCAACCAUUCAAUACGAUCUAAUUGGAGGAGGAUUUCGGGCUAUUAAAGAUAUUUCUCAGAAUUUUUCACAAUCGUAUAGAUGCAUUCACUCUUUUCAUUCUUCAUUCGAUCAUGAGCGAUAGUAGUAUUUCUUUCAUAUGUAACCCUCCACUCUGUUAUAUUUGAACCUUAUUCUUGAUGAUUGUUUUUCCCAGUGUCAUUGUUACCAUACUAUUUAUAUCUCUUCACCUGUUCAUUUAGUUAAUCAUAUUAUCAUGCUAAUAUGAUACAUAACAACUUAAAACAAGACAAAUCUGUAUCAGGUUUUAUGUUGAUGACUAUCAGUUUGUA